GAUGAUGGAUGGCCAAGCCCCCAUGGAGGCUCAGUGUACAGAAGAGGACCCAGGACCCAGGAUCUUCAGAGCAGAGCCAGAAGACCCACUGCAGAGGCCUGACGCCCAGCAGCAAUCCAUUUCUCCAGCGGGGCGUUGGUGUUCCAGGCGGUGUGGCUGUGUGGUGCUGGGAGCCCUGGGGCUGCUGGCUGGGGCAAGUGUUGGCUCAUGGCUUCUAGUGCUGUGUCUGUGGCCAGCUGCCUCGCAGACCAUUCCCGGGAGCUUGCAGGAUGAGGACAUGAAUUGGAGCUGCUCAGAGGCCAACGGCGGGGAAGCCCCGCUCUCCUCACUUUCCAGAACAGUAUCUUUCAGAAUAAACACUGAGGACUUCUUGCUGGAAGUGCAGGUGAGAGCCCGGCCAGACUGGCUCCUGGUUUGCCACGAGGGCUGGAGCUCUGCCCUGGGGGUACGGAUCUGCCGGAGCCUCGGGCAUCUCAGACUCACUCAUCACAAGGGAGUGAACCUGUAUGACGUCAAGCUCAACAAAUCCCAGGAGUUUGCUCAGCACUCUCCCAGACUGGGGGGCCUCCUGGAGGAGGCGUGGCAGCCCAGGGUCGACUGCAGUUCUGGGCAAAUCGUUUCCCUCAAAUGCUCUGAGUGCGGGGCAAGGCCGCUGGCUUCUCCGAUAGUCGGCGGGCAGGCCGUGGCUCCUGGGCGCUGGCCCUGGCAGGCCAGCGUGGCCCUGGGCUCCUGGCACACGUGCGGGGGCUCUGUGCUGGCACCACACUGGGUGGUGACCGCUGCGCACUGCAUGCACAGUUUCAGGCUGUCCCCUCUGUCGAGCUGGCGGGUCCAUGUGGGGCUGGUCAGCCACAGUAUGGUCAGGCCACACCAGGGGGCUGUGGUGGAGAGGAUCAUCCCCCACCCUCUCUACAGCGCCCAGAAUCACGACUAUGAUGUCGCCCUCCUGCGGCUCCGGACACCACUCCACUUCUCAGACACUGUGGGCGCUGUGUGCUUGCCGGCCGAGGAGCAGGAUUUUCCAAGGGGUUCGCAGUGCUGGGUGUCUGGCUGGGGCCACACCGACCCCAGCCACACCCACAGCUCAGACACGCUACAGGACACGGUGGUACCACUGCUUAGCACCCAGCUCUGCAACAGCUCUUGCAUCUACAGCGGAGCCCUCACGCCCCGCAUGCUGUGUGCCGGCUACCUGGACGGGAGGGCCGACGCCUGCCAGGGGGAUAGUGGAGGCCCCCUGGUGUGCCCGGAUGGGGGCACGUGGCGCCUUGUGGGGGUGGUCAGCUGGGGCCGAGGCUGCGCAGAGCCUAGUCACCCCGGCGUCUUCGCCAAGGUUGCUGAGUUCCUGGACUGGAUCCACAACACGGCAGGGGUCCACUAAAUGGAGGAGAAGCAGCAGACCCUGAUACAGAAGGCACGGAUUUCCUAUCACUGCACCAGAGACAGUCACCACCCACGGGCCAGCCUCUGGGCCAUAGGGCCUCUCCCCUCAGACCCUGAUUUCCAGUCCUUCUAUCUCAUCAGAGAGCCUCAAUGACAAGAGCGAGGCUAAGGCAGCGUUGGAACCAUGCGGGAGCUGAUGGAUAUGGGGGAGGAGGUGGAGAAGAAGAGGUUGCUGGAAGCUGCUGGGAGACUGUCCUUCUGUUUUCUCGCCUCCCCAGCCCCUGUGCCCAUCUUUUUGGAGGAUGCUCAGGGAUACCCUGGACCUGCCUUCUCCCUGUGCUCUCAGGCAGGUGAUGAUGGUGGGGGUGGGAGGGGCAGUGCCUCCCUAGAGGAGCCCUUAGCUCUGGAGGCUCCUGGGAAGAUGACGUCAACGCUGGGCCAGCCGGGGUUAAGCCCA